CUAAGGCUCCCAGCCCGCGGCGCUCUGCUCACUGGCCGCGCGUCCCAGACUGCCUAACGAUCCCGCCGCGCCUCCCGCCAAGACCUCACCAAAAUGCCAUCUCAAAUGGAGCACGCCAUGGAAACCAUGAUGUUCACAUUUCACAAAUUUGCUGGGGAUAAAGGCUACUUAACAAAGGAGGACCUGAGAGUACUCAUGGAAAAGGAGUUCCCUGGAUUUUUGGAAAAUCAAAAAGACCCUCUGGCCAUAGACAAAAUCAUGAAGGACCUGGACCAGUGUCGAGACGGCAGAGUGGGCUUCCAGAGCUUCUUUUCGCUGAUCGCUGGGCUCACCAUCGCCUGCAAUGACUAUUUUGUCGUACACAUGAAGCAGAAGGGAAGGAAGUAGGCAGCACCGAGCAGUUACUUCCGCCCUGAUAAGAAUUCUCCCAAUGGGUCGCUUAAGGAAUAUGUGCCCCACAGCUUCCCCCUGUAUAAGGAUUUCAUGAGCAGAUUGCGACCCUUAAAAAAAUGUACAAAUAAAAUGCCACCUCCGUUCAACAAGAAAAAGAAAAGCCAAUUAAAGCCAGAUAAGUUUUUGAUUUUUAUAUUGCUUGUAUCCUCUUGCCCUCAAUAAACAAAUUUCUUUUUUAGUUCCUAAUUUGA